AUGUCAGCGAGUACUUUGUUCCGGAAUGGUCGCAUUUUCACCAUGGCCAACGCUGGACAGUACGACGGCCCAGACUUGGUAGACAGUAUGCUGGUUGAGAAUGGCAAAAUCACUGCAAUAGGAUCCUACGACGAGAUCGCUGCUUCCAGAAGUAUCUCAGAUGUGCAGACACGCGACCUGAAACUGCAGACUGUACUGCCAGGCUUCAUCGACGGUCAUAUGCAUUUACUGCUUUUGGGCCAAUCGCUACGCAAGCUUGAACUCAGGAACUGCAAAUCUCUGGAGGAUAUCAAGACAACCAUCAAGGAAUAUGCUCUUGCCCACCCGAAUGUGCCACGUAUUCAAUGCAAAAAUUGGAUGCAUGUCAUGACACCCAAGGGUGUCACGGCGGCCAUGCUGGAUGAUAUUGAUCCUCGACCAAUAUUUAUUGAUGCGAGCUCGCAGCAUUCAUGCUGGUGCAAUAGUGCGGCUUUGAAAGAGCUAGGCGUCGCCAAUAUGCCUAACCCGGCUGGGGGCACUAUCCAUCGCGAUUCUGACGGGAACCCGUCUGGUCUUCUUGACGAGGGAGCCAUGAUGUCUAUCAUCUGGCCGUAUCAGGCAGCUUCUGCUUCGAAAGAAGAACGUAUCCAAGCUAUACGGGCAGCUAUUCAAGAAUAUAACUCUACAGGGUACACCGGUAUAGUGGAAAUGGCCAUGGAUGAAGAAGCAUGGGAUGCCCUUGUUACUCUACGAGGGAUGGAGCCAAGUCUUCCACUGCGAAUUGCCGCAUAUUGGCUGAUCAAACCCACUGCAAACCAUGAAGCGAACUCCAAUCAAGUUCAGCGGGCAAUUGAGUUAUCGAAUGUUUUCAAUGCUGAAGCCAGUCCUGAUCUCCGUAUCGUCGGGAUAAAGGUGAUCUGUGACGGGAUUAUUGAUGCCUGUACGGCUUAUCUCUCACAGCCAUACGCUCCUGUCGGCUCUCCACCACCAAUCUGGGCUCCGGAACACCUUCACCCGGUUGUAAAAGAGGCAGACACUGGGGGCUUGCAGAUUGCACUCCAUGCCAUUGGUGAUGGGGCAAUCAAGAUUGCCAUUGACGCGAUUGAGAAGAAUGCCACGCCCGGUCGUCGGCAUCGCAUUGAACACAUCGAGCUUGCGUCACCAGAGGAUGCGAAAAGACUCGGCGAAUUAGGCCUGACAGCCUCCAUUCAGCCGGUACAUGCCGACCCAUCCAUCCUGACAGAAUGGCCACGGUUGUUGGGCGAAGAACGGUGUCAACGAGCCUUUGCGUAUCGAGAAUUUGCGGAUGCUGGAGCACUAAUGGCCAUCGGAAGCGAUAGCCCAACCUCACCAUAUGCGCCUAUGCAUAAUCUCUAUGUUGCUACGACGCGACGUUCUUCGAGAGAUCCUCAGUACGCAAAAGUUGUGAAUGAACACUUCCGAUUGGGCAUGUGUGAGUCUAUGGUUGCAGCAUCAGGUGGUGCAGCAAUGAGCGUCUUUUCUGAGAAGCGAACUGGCACCUUGGAAGUUGGGAAGUUGGCAGACUUUGUGAUUGUGGAUAUGGAGUGGGAUGCAGAGGCUUUACUACAGGCGAAGAUCAAGGAGACGUGGUUCGGUGGACGCAAGGUCUGGGGUGAGUAG